AUGUACAGCCGUCAAACAACACCCCCGACUGCUCCCUUCAACUACAUCCCGGGCAGCGUCGGCUCGGACGUCACAUACUACUCCCAGGCCUCAUCGCCGGAACCUCACAUCUCUGGGCCUACUCCCCCACGGUCACCAGUUCGCCAAUAUGGACCUAUUCUUCUCCCCAAGGUCCGUAUGCAAGAUCAGGUUGCCGAGCCCACCAGUGGUCCCAUCAGACAUCGCAGGACGACGUCUACUUCUUCCAGUAUCGGCUAUGCCUACAGCCCAUACUCACGGCCAGCCUCGAUGGCGCGCCGUGGAUCCAGUCCUUUCAACCAUAACAUGCACAACGUUCACAGCCAGUUGACUUCUCCUGUGUCAACUGCUUCCUCAUACGACUUCAACCUCUCUACCCUCAACUCUCCCAUCACAUUCGCACAGCAGCCUGAGCUUCCUCGUCGAUCCUCAUACAUCGGAUCGCAAUCUCGCUCCACUUCAGCUAGCCGAGCCCGCCAUGAUCGCUCCGCCUCUGCUGGAAGUGUUGAUGAGCAGGUCAUCAGCCGGUACGGCUUCCCCACCUACCGCAACAUGCCCAGCUAUGUCACUGCUUCAAGUGCGCCUCAGUCGAACUUGAGCCUCGUUACUUCCCUUCCUUCUUCCUACUCCUCGGUUCAGGACAUGCCUAGCUUCACCUCCACCUGCUCGCAAGACUUCACUAUUCCAGAGUUCGAGGCUGCUCCAGCUGUGCAGUACCCCUCCUUCACCGAAGUCAGCUUCGACAGCUUCCAGCAAGUCCCUGCUACGUCGUCUUUGGUUGAGUAUCUCUCUUCUGCCAACCCCUCCCCAUCUCUUGUUCGCCGCGUCACUAGCGCACCACGCGGCAUCAACAACCACUUCUGGUGGGACAUCCGCAACCUUCGCAGCUGGGAGGACUUCAACAUCACCACCAUCAAGUCCAUCCCCUCGGUGCUUCCUCUUCUUGAGGUGCCUGUUCCAGCCAACUACCUUCCCCAGCCUUGCCGUCAGAACCUGCAGCCAGAGAACGAGUCCGCGCUCCAAGACAUCUGCACCAACUACUACGCCAACAAGGUCAACGCCGCUCUCAAGGUCGCUCAGGGCAACUCACACAUGGUCAUGCGCUCCAUCAAGCCCGUCGCCGGCCAACGCACGCAACCAGAGUUUGUCUCCAACUACCCCUCCGACUAUGAGAAGACUCUCUUCGGCGACAGCCGUGGCCGCGUCGUCGGUCUCGUCAAGUGCUACGACCAAUGGAACACCGGCAUGCGCAGCGAGUCACCACCUAAGCAAGUCCUCUACCUCCAAGGUCUCGCUCACCUCCACCGCGUGAUGCGCGAGCACGGUUGCCGCUACGGCUUCAUCAUGACCGAAAUCGAGCUCCUCUGCGUCCGCUGCGGCGGCCCAUCCUCCUUCUCCACCCCCGACCCCACAACCGUCAACGCCCAAGCCGGCGUCCCCAUCUACGGUUACCUUGAAACUUCCGCCCCUAUCCGUCUCUCCACAUCCGGUUCCCACCCUGAGACCGGCGACAUCCAACUCACCGCCGCCCUUGCUCUCUGGUACCUCCACAUGCUCGCCAAGGAGAACCCCUUCGAGGGCAUGGGUACCUGGCGCAUGGACGUCGGCGGCCCUGCGGCGCUGACGAGGCAAAACUACCUUGAGAAGGAUGCCUGGAUUCCUAAGCCGCAGCUUGGCGAGAAGAGGGAGGCUAAGAGGGUGCGGGGAUGGGUAUUCCCUGAUGAGCCGCUCAGCAAGAGGGAGUGUGGUAAGGGCAAGAGGGGUAAGAGUAUUGGUUAA